CUUCGCUUUGUCCAGUUAUGUUGUUGUGGCUCUAUAGCGACUAAACUUUGUUGGUUCGUCCAGUGAGUCUUAAUUAGUGGUUUUAAAUAAAAACAGCGGCUUUCCUUAUAGAUAAAACACUGUUUAUUAGCGUUGCAGAGUUGGCGCCGAAAUUAAUCGUGGUUUUACCGUUAGACGAGGCGAUGUCAUUGCGCUAUUGCACUGCUGGUGAUGCGGAUCUUGUGAUGAAGACCACAUGAUGGAGAGAUGGCCACCGAGACAAAUCAAAACAAAGCAUAGGUUACUCUGCGCACUUUUCGUCUGCGUCUGCGCCAUCUCAGCAGCUCCUCAAGACGCGAGCGAAUUCGAUUACGUCAAGCCUCUAACUGCGCCUGACCGAAAUCCUGGACCUGUCAUAGAUUCAUCAGAAGCUCCGAUUCUUUACACAGGCAAAGACAACCCGGAUCGACAAGAAGACUCGAAUGCAAUCACGACUCCUUAUAUCGAUUCGCAGGACUCGUUUAACGAUACCCCACAGUCAACCACAGAGCAGCAGUACACCAAACCCAGCACAACUAACGAAAUAAAAACCGAAGCGACAGAAAGAACACUGGUGACGUCAGAAGUACCCCAAAACGUUUCACCUAGAUUGAAGUCUCCUUCACCUAGGUUCGUCUCGAAAUUGGGCUACUUUAAGAACUCUGACAAGUCCUUCAAUAGUGUGGGACAAACGAACUUUAUAGAAAGAGCAAGCAAAAGGAAAUUCAAGUCGCGAUGUCGAUGCGAGAAAAUCACGAACUGUCCGAAAUUGCAGAUCACAGUGCCCAGGUGUCCUGAGGAGUUGUUUUUGUGUUGUUUCUAGAAGAGAAGGUUGUGAUGUUUCGUCCACUUAUUUAACUUUAAGUAUCAAGACUGGUAAAGGUAUUUUGUUUCAUAGAUCCAAUGAAACCACUAGUUCCCAAUGUCUUAAUUGUAGAUAAACUUUGCAUCUGUACCCUUAGUACGAGUUUUACAAUUACGAAAACUAUGAUAGUUU